AAGGAAGUGAACGGAGUGUAAAUUCUCUUUACUGUAAAAUUGAUUUUCAAUACUGCCGUGUGUAACUUUCCCAUCUACUAUUUUAUAAGAGACUUUAUUAUCCCUUAAUACGCCUUCGGUUAAAUUGGCUGUAGUAAUGAUAAAUGACACGAUGAUAAAACAGAACACCCUCGAUGUUGUGGAAAUGGUACAGACUCUGUAGUCAAAAAUUUGGCGCUCUGUUGGGAAAGGGAAACAUACUGUAUAUCCUACAACAGGCAACCAAUGCUAUGCUUUACUGGUAAUUUACAUAACAGUAAAGUAGUAUUGAACUGUGGGCCUUUUAAAAAUCAACCGGGGGGAUGGUGGACACUAAGCAUGUCUUCCAGAUCUCUGGGAUCAAAAACGUACAGACGAAAGAGAAACUGCUUCGUGGAAUCCACCGCCUGGGUGGAAAGUAUAUCGGUGGCUCUAGGUACAAGGAGGGGACGACACACCUGAUUGUCAGUCGUCCUUCGCCGAGUGAGAAGUUCCUUGCUGCCUGCGCUGGAGGGAUUUGGGUGGUGAGGCCGGAGUACGUUCAGGACAGCAGGAGGGCCAGGGCGUGGCUGCCAGAGGAGCCCUAUGAGCUGGACUUGGCGUCUGGGUCUCCCGGGGCGACCAACCCCAUCCGCGCGUGGAGGCAGAGGGUGGGGAGUGGCAGCGUCCGCGGAGCCUUCCAGGACUGGAGCGUCCUCCUGCUGGUGGAAGACGCCCAACACAGAGCCACCUUCCAACGAAUCCUGACCUCGGGAAAGGCCAGUGUUUACUGCUCCACGGCUCCAUCCAACCGUCAUGUGACCCAUGUGCUCGCCAGCCGAACAUUAAAGUGCUUCACGUCCCACAAUGCACCAUGCUACUCCUUAGACCACAUUGCUCAGCAUUUGUUUGGGAGCCUUUGGUCAAAGACUGGUUUCACUGAGUCUCUUGACGUCUCUCUUACGGAUACAAGCACGGAGUUGGAGGCCAAUGACUUGCUCUUUGCCAGCCUCGAAAAUCAGCUCAGAGACCACCUCUCAAAUCUGGAGCGCGUGAAGAGGAAGCUCGUCUCCACGGACUUUGUGCACGUGACCACAGCUGAACCUCGCCCUCAGACGGUUACGGCAGACUUCAGUAACGUGAGCAGCUUGAUCGAGUGCGGCCUGUUCACAGAGGCCCUGGAGGAACUGCAGGGGGCGCUGUACCCCGGCCAGCUUCCUCCUGCGCUGGUCCUAGAGUCGUUGAUGCAACACGCCCUGCACGGUGAGGCGAAACCGUACUUCUACUCCACCUUCCGGGCGGUUCUACACAACAUCCUGCGUAAAAACCCUCCGUGGGGGUCUCCCACUGUGGUCAAGUACUUCCUUGGCUGCCUGCAGUGCCCCCAGUGUAAGGGAGGACCCCGCGUACUUCUGGAGCUGUCCGUGAGGUUCUGCAUGUCCAGCGGACCCACCUGUCACUCACUGCCUGGCCCCGCCUCCCCGGAGCGGGUGCAGUUCCACAUCGAGCUCCAGGGCUUCCUGCUGAGGCUCUUCCAGGUGGAGCUCCAGGCUGCAGGCACGGGGAAGCCGGGCGGACCGCGCUGUGGGGUCCUGCAGGGCUCGUUCUGGAGCGUGUGGGACCGGGGCUCCCUCUGCACACGGGCCCUGCAGGGGCUGGCUGAGCUGCUGAUCCAGGCUGAACUCUGGGCCCUGCACCCCGCCCAGGCCUGGCAGCGGAGGAUUGUGGGUAACCUGCAGGACAUCCUGGCGGUGGUGGUGGAUUACUGGUGUCAGGAGCACAGCCAGCUCAACAGGCCCCUGGUGGAGACAGGGCUGGCAGACCUGUCUCAGUUCAUCGCCAUUCAAUCAGAGGAUCUUCCUCCAGAGGCCCUCCAGAACUUAAUUCCCAGCAUCCCCUCUGUCAGGCUGAGGAUGGUCGUCGCCGACGCCAUAUUCAGCCACAUCUGCAGGCAGAACGGCGUCGUCACGGGAACGGAGCCCCUCUCCCUGAUGAAGAUCGUGAGCUCGUACCUCCCCGCCCUGGGCAGGCUGAGCGGACGCGCCCCCCUGACGGGGUCUCGGCCCCCCGCCGUCCGACCCGAGGCGGCCAGCUGCGCCAACGACCGAGGGUCGACCGCCGACUCGGCCGCCACGCCGGAGGGAGCGCGAGCGGCAGAGGAGAUUGUGGCCCCUGGCGGCCCCGGGGCCCCCGGCUUGGACAAGGAGAACACUCCCCGAAGACUGAACAGAGUCAACGCAGUCGGCGAGACGCUCCUGCACAGAGCCUGCAAGAAGAACCAAGUGGAGACUCUCCUCCGCGUCCUGCCACAUCCUGGAACAGACGUCAACGUUAAAGACCAUGCGGGAUGGACGCCCCUCCAUGAAGCCUGUAACCAUGGCAGCAGUGCGUGUGUACGGGCCCUCCUGGAGCACUGCCCCACCCUUCAGCUGGAGACCCAGGUGGACGGAGUCAGCCCCCUGCACGACGCCCUUCUGAACGGACACGCCGACAUCGCCCUGAUGCUGCUGCGCCACGCCGGCUCCGUCCUGCUGCAGCAGCGGGACAGCGGAGGCAGGACCGCGCUGGACCUGGUGUCCUGCCCGGAGCUGCAGGACCAGCUGCGGACCUGCGCUGAGGAGGGGGACGCCGCCCAGGGGUCAGAGGUCAGGGACCUGCCCUUCCUGGAGGCCUGCUCCUGCCUGCUGACCUGCCUGCUCCUCAGCUACACGCUGGAGCGGGACGUCCCGUUCCACGAGCCCCCCGGGCCCCAGCUGGCCCGCGCCCUGGCUGCCCACUCCGCCCCCAGGGUCACGGAGAGGUGGGCCCAGCCGAGGUCCGUCCGGUACGCCCAGGACCUGGAGACGCUGCUGGGGGUGGGGCGGCACCUGCAGGGGGUCGCCCCCGCCAUCCGAAACUGCCCCGGGCGCCACACCCGCAUCCUGAUGCGCCAACUGGAGCUGCUCGAGUCUGAGGGGCGGGAGUUGCUAGGAGACGCACCCGCGUGAACAUGUGAUCAUGCUGUCUGCUGGGGAUUGGGCAGUGGGGUUUGGGGUGUGUGUUACUUGUGUAACAGGGUGUUCCACCCUGAUUUACCUGUGUAAGAGGGUGUCGAACCCUGAUCUUGGAGAGCCGCACCUUAAAAUCAGCAGCUAGGUCAGACCCAGGAAGCCCUGGUGAGGUUAAUUAACUGGAGGCACGGUUUCAGGAAGGUCAGUAGUACCAGGGUCAAACACCCUGGAGUCUUAACUAGUCUACCUACUAGUCUGCCUACCCUAUUAUUUCACUAAAUCUGUUCUUAAAUUUGGUCACUGCAAAA